AUGGAUGAUGAAGCACCAUCCUUAAACAAAUCAGACACCAAUGAGCAACAGUUAAAAGGAGCUCGCUGGGCUCAAGACCAGAACAAGAAGAAUCUGUCGUUCGAGAAAUCCGGGGCAUGGAGGAACUCGAAAUGCGUCGGAGGAAAGCAAGAAUAUUCGAUUCGCGUACGACGCGCCGUCGCCACAAGCGUCGCCUCGACAGAAGCGUGGAUCCGAUUGGCGCACGGUGGCACGUCGGUUAUCCGUCAAUCCGGAACUGCUCAGGAAGCAUGGUGGGUUCAUCACUAA